GUAGUGAGAGAGUAGACGAACAGCUUCCUAUCAUAGAGGAGAAACUGGGGCGCAGCGAGGCUGGCAGACUUGUCUAAGAUUGCGCACAGGGCUCCCGGGAGAGCUGGGACAAGAACUCAGAGGUCCUGGGCAGCCGACACUUAUAAUUCAAUCAAGGUCCAGCCCGGGAGUUUGGUGAUUCGGGAACGAACACUGACAGACAUCCAGUGAUUCAGAGUCAACAUUCCCACCGUGUGGCCUAAGUGCUGACCUGUGUUUUCGGGGUGACGAGCUGGAGCAAGGAGAAGACGGCUUAAUGAGAAGCCGCCGGACCGGAUUAAGAGCAGGAUUUCUCAAGAAAUGAUCUACAGACCACGUGCAUCAGAAUCACCUAGGGGCCUGUUAGAAUGCCCACCCCUGACCUACUGAAUCAGGAUCUUCAAGAGCGGGGACCCAAGCCAAGAUGGAGAAACAUCUUUGUCAUCUUCUGUGUGGAACCUGCUGACAUGGCCGAUCCCGGGGCUGAUGAACCGUCCCCCAGGACAGAGAGUCCGGAUGGGGAAGGCCGGGUGUCUGAGGACAGAUCGUCGCUCCAUCAGAGGCUGGCCAUCAGGGAACUCAUCGACACGGAGGUCUCCUAUCUGCACAUGCUCCAGCUCUGUGCCUCGGACAUCAGGGGCCGCCUGCAGCAGCUGCCGCAGGGAGAUCUGGAUGUCCUGUUCUCAAACAUUGAUGAUAUCGUCAAGGUGAACAGCAGAUUUCUUCAUGGUCUGCAGGAGACAGCCUCCAGGGAAGAGGAUCAAGUGCAGCUAAUUGGUAACUUAUUCCUGGAAUUCCAAGAGGAGUUGGAGCAAGUCUAUAAGGUCUACUGUGCCAGCUACGACCAGGCCUUGCUGCUGGUGGACACUUACCGGAAGGAGCCAGAGCUGCAGCGGGAGAUCCAGGGCAUCAUUGAGGCAGUGGUGCCACAAGCUGGAUCCUCAGGCCUCAGUUUCUUACUGGUAAUCCCUCUGCAGAGGAUUACCAAGUACCCAUUGCUGCUGCAGAAAAUCCUGGAGAACACACUCCCUGAUGCCAGCGCCUACCCUGUCCUUCAGAGGGCUACCCAUGCCCUCCAGGAUGUGAACGCCAACAUCAAUGAAUACAAGAGGCGCAAAGAAGUGGCCUCCAAGUACACCAGGGUGGAGCAGCUGACCCUCCGGGAGCGCCUGGCCCGCAUCAACACGCACACCCUCUCCAAAAAGACCACCCGGCUGAGCCAGCUGCUGAAGCAGGAGGCGGGGCUCGUGCCCAGGACGGAAGACAAAGAAUUUGAUGAUUUAGAAGAAAGGUUCCACUGGGUGUCGCUGUGUGUAAAGGAGACGAAGAACAAUGUGGCUGCCUACCUGGAUAAUCUGGAGGCUUUCCUCCACUUCCGGCCGCAGGAGUGUGACCUGGACGUCGGCAGGGGGCCGGUGGUGCAGUACUGCAGCCUGACGAGAGACCUCCAGCUCCAGGCCUUCCCGGAGUUUAAGCGGCGGCUGGAAGGCCUGGUGUGGCAGCCACUGUGCAGCCUGGCCAAAACCCUGGCCGGCCCUCAGAACCUGAUCAAGAAGCGUCUGGACAAACUCCUGGACUUUGAGCGGGUGGAAGAGAAGCUGUUGGAGGUGGGCAGUGUGUCCUACGAGGAGGAGGUGGCCCGGCACACGUACCAGGCACUCAACUCCAUGCUGGUGGCCGAGCUCCCGCAGUUUAACCAGCUGGCCGUGCAGUGGCUGCGCCAGAUCCUGUGCACGUUCGUGGCCCUCCAGAGGGACCUUGCCAAGCAGGUGCUGCAGAGGGCAGAGGGCAGCUUGGCUCAGCUACCCCACCACCACAUCCCUGAGCUGGCCUUCAGGAAACUGGUGGAGGAUGCACUAGGCCAGACCAGUCACCAGCUUCACUCCUUUCAGAAGAACUUCGAGAAAGUGCUGCCACCUCCUACCAUACAACCGCUCCUUCCAGGGGCUGAACGCCAAGUGCAGGCCCUCCUGAGCAGGUAUGGCCCGGGAAAGCUGUACCAGGUGACAAGCAACAUCAGCGGGGCUGGGACUCUGGACCUGACACUGCCACGGGGCCAAAUUGUGGCCCUCCUUCAAAACAAGGACACCAAAGGCAAUAGCAGCCGCUGGCUGGUGGACACUGGGGGACAUCGAGGAUAUGUGCCAGCUGGGAAACUGGAGCUGUACCGCGUCGUCCCCAGGGACAAGGAGCUCAAAGGACAGGCGGGGCCUCACGAGGACUCCCGACAUCUAACACCAGAGCCCACUCCAGUGCCAGUCUCUUCUGUCCCAACCAUGACCCAGGUGGUGGCAGUGUACCCCUUUCUGGCCAGAAGCAGCCAUGAAGUGAGUCUGCAGGCAGGCCAGCCAGUGACUGUGCUGGAGGCCCAGGACAAGAAGGGGAACCCGGAGUGGAGCCUUGUGGAAGUGGACGGACAGCGGGGAUAUGUGCCUUCCAGCUUCCUGGCCAGGGCCCCAAGCCCGGCUCCGUGGGGCUGGAGUCUGCCCUCUUAGGGUGCCCUCCUUGGAGCCCAUGUUGUCAAGAGAGGGGGGAGGCUUAGAGGCUAUGACCCCAGGAGAGAAGAAAAGCAAAGAGAAGGCGAGGGUGGAACGGGAGAUCAGGCCAGAGUGGGAUGAAGGGCACCCAGAAAAGGAGGGGGCCGUGAAGAGUGCCUGGCGUGGGAGGGCAUGGAAGACCCCAGCCAGGACCACUCGUUAUGUCUGCUUACGAGGUUGCCCCAACCUGGAGUCUCACACCCUGGAUGGCAGGUCAAGUUGAUGAGGACUUGUAGCUGAUGGCCAGUCUUACCUCUGCCCCAUCUGGGCCUGCCCAUGCGAGUGGGUCACCCAGGUGAAUGCUGCCUGUGUGCUCUGUGGUUGCAGGGAGGGGCGCUGGAGAAGUCCAGAACGGGCUGGCCUGCCGGUUCCCUCCCCACAUGUGGUAUCAGGAGACACCAUAGCCGACCAGUCACCUUUUAUUUCUCCCUGCUGGGAGCUGAGUUGUCUUGGGCGGUGAACUCUGGGAGCCCUCUCCAGCAGGCUUGUCCGGGCAGUGCAGAGGUUCCCAGAAGACUCUUGGUGGGGCCUGGGAGUGGGCGUCACCAAGUCACGGUUCUGGAAUGUGUGUAGGCAAAGUCAGAGGCUGUUCCAGGGAAGAGGGGAUUUUGAGGGUAUGUCAGGUGUGGCGCACGAGGCUGCUGGCAGCAGUUGUACACUGCUGCUGUGUUCUCUGGACUGGAGACAAAGGCGCAUGCAAAUCACAGGGGAAACUGUGCCUCAGGUGGUUAAAGUCCUGGUGGGUGGGGGAGGUUAGGUAAUGGCUUGGUUUCCUGUUUCUGGAAGCUGGGGAGCCAGAGGAACCUCCAGUGGUUUCAAGAGCCUGCCGAGGCCUGGAGGCAACAGUGGACGUGAAGUCACUUGGCUGUGGGACCUUAGACAUAGGACACCACCUCAGUUUUCCCAUCCAUAAAGCCCUAACUCACAGUUUUGCGGUGAGAAUGACGUGAGGCUAAGGAUGUGGAAGCUCCUUGCAUCGCAGGGUGUGGUAUAAAUGUAAAUUGCUGUUGGAAGCAGGAUGUGUUGGAAGUGGUGUCAGGAUGGCCCCAGCAUCGGCCAGCCCUGCCUGCACUGGAAGCAUUCCUGCCGCCAUGCCCCAUGCCCAGGCCCACGGCCGAUGUCGUUAAUCAACAUGGCAUCCUUUCCCGUAAACCCAGGAUCUACCUCAGGAUCCUUCUUGCGUUCUAGGCAGCCAAUCUCUUGCACUCAGUGAGGUCAAACCCUAUGGUCAUCCCUUUCUAGAACCUGGAAAUUGAAAACCACUUCCUGUUCAAGGAAGACAGAGAGGCAGUUUUGGGUGCAGCUGCUGUUGGAUCAUCCCUUCUCGGUUGUCACUCUGGGCUAUGAUAAAUUGCCAGGUUCACGGAAGAGGGAAAAGGUGAUCCAGCCUGAUCUUUAAUAUGAAUUACAAAUUUUGGAACCAGCCCAAGUUAGAGUGUGUGUAAAAGCAGGUGGCAGUUUAGCCUUAUUUCCAAGAACAUCUCUAUGUGAUUAUAAUAUAGUGCCUAAAGCUGUUAGCUCUGGUUUUGGGAGGGCUAAUUUUAAGAAAUAGAGACAUGUCUGUGUCAGUCCUUAACUCAUCUCCUCUGGGCUUCUGAAAGCUUGAAGCCUGCAUAAUACAAGAGAAACUCAGUCCCCACCAUCCCUUUCCUGGCGCCAAAUUCACUGUACCAGAUGCUCUUGACUCAUUUUCCUUUCUCUUUCCUGCUCAGCUUUCUGAUACAAAUAGGAAGCAUAGAGGAGCAGAUGAUAAAGUAGGAAAUCCAUUGGUGGGUCCACAGUGCUUGUGAGAGCUCCUGUGUGCUGGAACUUGAGCUCAGGGCUUCUCGAGAUGGCUGCUCUCUGUAGUCAUCUGGGCAGCUUUCAACUAUGAGUGACGCCAGGAUCCCUGCCCCCCCCCCCCCCCCCCUUCCAUGUAAUUGG